AUGGAAAAUACAGACAUAAGUGCAGCUUUGCUUGCUAACAAAGUGGACGAAUUAGAGAAAUCACGUGACGCUGCCCGUGACGAAGUAACUUAUCUUAAGUCGCAAUCUAUGCGCAAUAAUCUAAUAUUUACAAACAUACCGGAAGAUAAUUCAAGUGGUAAUGAAUCUCAGGAAGUUACAGAGCAAAAGUUGAGAAAUCAUCUUCAUGAGGCCUUAAAGAUUUCGAAGGAGGUAGUCAACGAACUCCGUUUUGAACGUGUUCACCGAUCACCCGGUCAUGUAUUACCAGGAAAAAAACGGACAGUUGUGGCCAAGUUUACAUAUUUUAAAGACCGGGAGCAGUGUUACAAUGCUGAAGCUGAGGAAUUUUGUGAAAAUAAUGAUUUUACAAUUACUAAUGAAAUUUUUCCUGAGUUAGACGAGCCUAUUACUUGUUCUGAAAUUUUAUCGGCUGUUAAAUCACUGAAGCGUAAUAAAGCUUAUGGUUUGACAAAUUACAGUAUGAAGUCCACAAUAAUAUUUUUGGCAAUACUUGCCGUUACAAUAGCUACCCCGUAUUAUGGAGGAUACAGGUUUGGUGGUUACGACGACGACUAUUGGCCAUAUGGCGGUUAUGGAGGAUAUGGAGGUUACAGAGGUUAUGGAGGAUACGGAGGCUAUGGGGGAUACGGAGGAAUGAUAGACUAUGGAGGAUAUGGCGGGUAA